CUUGACAUUUCCGUUUCUGACAGGCGCAGCACGGGCAAAAUACAAACUCAAGACGCAUGAUCAAUUUUCUCUGUCCCUAUCGCUUUUAUGGAAAGCGCUCCACUAGCGAGCAAAUUGAUUUUUGAUUUAAAUAAAUAGGACAAAAAUAACUAUGCCCAAAACAAUGUGGACGUGAAAUACCAUUAAAAAUGUGGAGUAAAGCUGUGUUGUGUUUAACGACUAUACACAUUUAUAGUGUAGCAGCACAAGGCGAGUGUACCGAUUUACACGGUAGAACUGUAACCAAUGGAUUACACUAUAUCCCUGGCCCAGAUACAUGCACGCUCUGCAUAUGUGACAAUGGCUUACCCAGAGUAUGCAAAGCGGUCUUGUGUUCACCUCCGCAGGAUUGCCGAUCGUUUCGUGUCGGCACCACUUGCUGUGAAUUCAUCUGUUUGGACGAUGUAGUGAAACCAGCGGAGGGCGUGGAAGCGAACCUUCGGGUCGCGGCCGGGGGCGCCGCUGCGAUCGUACUGCUCACUAUAGCACUUGUUGUGUAUAGAGUUAAGAAACAGAAACGACGACGACCUACACAUGCUGACGAUCAACGCAGUUUGACUAGCAUUGGGUAUAUAAGCGGAAGUAUGGGGUACAUGGGCAGUGGCUGUGAAACAGCGUCUGGCGCGUGGAAGCCCUCAGCUCAGUACCUACCGAGGGGCGAAGCUCCUCCUCCGUACGACGAAGUUAUUGCACAAUGCCGACCUGAUUCACUACGAUUAACGAACGAAACAGCGUUCCAUCGCACGUACCCAUCGACUGUGGAGUCCAUUUCCAGGCCCGAGGACGCGAUGCAGUGUGUUGGACACGGCUAUGUGAACCUUCCGCGGCCUGUUACUCAGAUUGCAAACACGCAGAACUGCUUCAACGCACCCCUACUGCAGCCGGUGCACGUGCCGGAGGCGCGUGAGUCGAACAUCAUACCGCAUCAUCCGUUGCCGCCGAAUGUGGUGGGUUUCCCGAGCGCGGUGCGUUUGACGGGCUCGCUGGGCGCGAUCAGCAACCGCGCGCUCAGUGUGGCGCGGGACGAGCACGAGCGGGAGAGGGAGAGGGAGAGAGAGAGGGAGAGGGAGCGACCGCAUAACGUGCCCGGCUUCUAUACUACGCACACUUCGCUACACCGCACGAUCCCGCGGCUGUCGGCGACGGAGGCGGGCGUGCUGAGCCGAGCGGAGCGCGCGUGCGGCGAGGUGCGGCGCUCGUUCCACCGCCCCGAGCCGCCGCGCGCACCGCCCACGCACCCGCGCUCCGUGCCACGCAACCUGGAUACGGCACACGAUGCGCACGCUUUGGAUGCGCUGCCGGCGCUUGGCGUGCUCAACGGAACACUGAAAUCCUCCGGCGGCAGAUCACGCGCGCACAGCGAAGAACAAGUCAUGUGCGACAAGCCGAAGAGCGCCAAGCCUCCAGCACCAGCCCCUCCCCCGCACGCCUCCCACACUCCCCUCCCGCUGCACCCGCCAACCCCGCACUCCUCCCACACUCCCCUCCCCCCGCACACGUCGCACGCCCCCCUCCCCCCGCCGCACAUGCCGCACCCCCCGCACCCCCCGCUCACCCCGCACGCCCCGCACACCCCGCUACCGCUGCCCCCUGAGCCAACGGCCCCGCAGAACACGUUGCCGCUCACUGUUGAUAAGCCAUCAUGCGUGUGUAGCUACACGGGCGGCACGAGCGAAGCGGGCGAUGCGAGCGAAGCGGGCGUGGCGCGGGGCGAAGACGAGAGCGAUGACUAUCGCAGCGAAUGUGCUAACUGCAAGUCCACGGAUGAGGCUGGGUGGGAGGAGGGCGGCGCGUGGUCGUGCGGCACGCAGACGCUGCAGCGGCGCGCCCCGCCCCCCGCGCCGCCCCCGCCGCACACCGCCACGCUGCCGCAGCCCGUCACCCGCCACGAACGCAAUGCCAUGGGUCAGCCAUCUAACUGGGAAAAUUGGUUCAACACUAUCCCGGAUUCCGACAGUGAGUCUGAAGAGGAAUAAUUUAAUGGUCCAUGACAUUUUUAUAGACCUUUAUUUCAGAAUUUUAAUAAUAUAGUCACAGAUCAUGACGAUAUUU